ACCAGCGGUGGCAGGGCGCGAGCUUCUAUAGCAUUAAAUGAAAACAAGAAAGUUAAUAAUGGCCACACAGCUCCGGAAGAUCCUCCUCCUGCUAAGAAAACUCGAAGAUGCCAGAGACAGGGGGUGAAAAAGAUGCCUGUGGUGGGAGGAAAGGCUAAUAAGGAGAGGACAGAAGACGAGCAAGGUGAAUCUGUGAAGGCCUUGCUGUUAAAGGGCAAAGCGCCUGUGGACCCAGAGUGUACAGCCAAGUUGGGGAAGGCUCAUGUGUAUUGUGAAGGAAAUGAUGUCUAUGAUGUCAUGCUAAAUCAGACCAAUCUCCAGUUCAACAACAACAAGUACUAUCUGAUUCAGUUAUUAGAAGAUGAUGCCCAGAGGAACUUCAGUGUUUGGAUGAGAUGGGGCCGAGUUGGGAAAAUGGGGCAGCACAGCUUGGUGGCUUGUUCAGGCAACCUCAGCAAGGCCAAGGAAAUCUUUCAGAAGAAAUUCCUUGACAAAACCAAAAACAAUUGGGAGGAUCGUGAGAAGUUUGAAAAGAUUCCUGGAAAAUAUGAUAUGCUACAGAUGGACUAUGCUACCAAUACUCAGGGUGAAGACGAAUCAAAAAAAGAGGACUCUCUUAAAUCUCCCUUGAAACUAGAGUCACAGCUAGAUCUUCGGGUACAGGAGCUGAUAAAGUUGAUUUGUAAUGUCCAGGCCAUGGAAGAGAUGAUGAUAGAAAUGAAGUAUAAUACCAAGAAGGCCCCACUUGGGAAGUUGACAGUGGCACAAAUCAAGGCAGGUUACCAGUCUCUUAAGAAGAUUGAGGAUUGUAUUCGGGCUGGUCAGCAUGGACGAGCUCUCACGGAAGCAUGCAAUGAAUUCUAUACCAGGAUCCCUCAUGACUUUGGACUCCGUACUCCUCCACUAAUCCGGACAGAGAAAGAACUGUCAGAAAAAGUACAACUACUAGAGGCUUUGGGAGACAUUGAAAUUGCCAUUAAGCUCGUGAAGACAGAGCUACAAAGCCCAGAACACCCAUUGGACCAACACUAUAGAAACCUGCAUUGUGCCUUGCACCCUCUAGAUCACAAAAGUUAUGAGUUCAAAGUGAUUUCCCAGUACCUACAAUCUACCCACGCCCCCACACACAAUGACUAUACCAUGACUUUGCUGGAUGUUUUUGAAGUAGAGAAGGAGGGUGAGAAAGAAGCCUUCAGAGAGGACCUUGAUAACAGGAUGCUGCUAUGGCAUGGUUCCAGGCUGAGCAACUGGGUGGGAAUCCUGAGCCGUGGGCUUCGAGUUGCCCCCCCUGAGGCUCCCAUCACAGGUUACAUGUUUGGAAAAGGAAUCUACUUUGCUGACAUGUCUUCCAAGAGUGCCAAUUACUGCUUUGCCUCUCACCUAAAAAAUACAGGACUACUGCUCUUGUCAGAGGUAGCUCUAGGUCAGUGUAAUGAGCUACUAGAAGCCAAUCCUAAGGCAGAAGGAUUGCUUCAGGGCAAGCACAGCACCAAGGGCCUGGGCAAGAUGGCUCCCAGUCCUGGCCAGUUCAUCACCCUGAAUGGGAGUACAAUGCCCUUAGGACCAGCAAGUGACACAGGAAUUCUGAAUCCAGAGGGUUAUACCCUCAACUACAAUGAAUAUAUUGUCUAUAACCCCAACCAGGUCCGUAUGCGAUACCUUCUAAAGGUUCAGUUCAAUUUCCUGCAGCUAUGGUGAAUGUUGAUGUUAAAUAAACUAGAGAAGAUCUGAUCUUCAAGCAAGAAAAUAAGCAGUAUGAUACUUUUGAAUUUUGUAAUAUUUUAUGUAAUAAAAAUGGUACAAAUCUA